AUGCUGGAAUUCGUUAAGGAAUGCUUCGAUUCAUCAUUUCCUGAUAUAAAUUCUGUUGAUUGGUCUGGAAUCGUAGCCUCUGGAGCAGUACUUAUUGAUUUCAUGGCUCUUUUACGAUCAUCGUCGAUUCUUCUCCACAUUCCUGAUUUCCAGCAACGCUUUUGUAACGAUUUAGCAAUUGCAAACACAGAUUUGGGACACAUAAGUACAGAAGAAACCCGCUAUGAUGGCCAUUGCUUAAUGUUAAUCUACGCUGUUGGCCUUGCUUUCCACACGGUUGUUUACAACUCGAUGAACAAGAAUGAAGAUUUUCUUUCAUUGAAAGAUUCAGCCAAUUUGCAAACUCUUAACAUUUGUAUGCGAAAUAUGCAAUGCAUCACAGGUAAUCUGCUUGUCGGAAGAUGGAAGCUCAUCACAAUUCAAGAGCUUGAUCAUGAGCCCAAUUCAACGUAUAACGAAGAGGAAGAAGACGAAGAUUCGGGAUCCGCGCAUCUACUCCAAUCAGGCGCAGGUCGUACAUCUUGCAGUGUCUCAUGUUUUUUGAAUAGGGAUCUUGUGAGAUGCUGUCUACCAGGUGAUAUAGUGCAUGUUAAUGGAAUUGUUGAUCUGCUUAAUGAUGACGUAUCAGCUUUGUAUCUGGGACAUUCCACUAAGAAUACAUGCUUCGGUAGAAAGGCCGGUUCUGCCAGCAACUCAAAUAAACAGAGUGGAAUAUUUACGAUUUUAUUGCGCGUUAACAGCUUAAUUCGAGUGAGCGCACGAGCAACUGCCAACUCAGGGGUGAUGAAGUCUUCAGAAGCAUCUGAAUACACUGGACUAGAAGAAAGACAGCAGAAGGUUCUGAGGCUUACUCUUCGUAAUCAUAGUGCUGAAGAGGAUAAUAACUCUAAUUUUCCUUCAAGUAUAAACUCCUUUAACGAAUCCUUCAGCCUAGGUCAGUGA